GCUUUCUACUGGAACAUGCUGCUCCUUUCUCUGCUUUUUUGACAGACAGCUUUGGGCGUCAGCACAACUAUUUGCGAAUUUCUUUGACUGAGAAAUGCAACCUCAGGUGUCAGUAUUGUAUGCCGGAGGAAGGUGUUCCACUGACCCCUAAAUCAGAGCUACUUACUACUAAGGAGAUAAUCACUCUAGCCAGACUGUUUGUGAAAGAAGGUGUAGAGAAGAUCCGACUGACAGGAGGAGAGCCACUUAUCCGUCCCGAUGUGGUUGAUAUUGUGGGUCAACUGUACAAAUUAGAAGGGCUGAAAACCAUUGCUGUCACAACUAACGGGAUCAACUUAACCAGAUUGCUGCCCCGACUGAAGGAGGCAGGACUGAAUGCCAUUAACAUUAGCCUGGAUACUUUGGUCCCAGCUAAAUUUGAGUUCAUUGUCCGGAGGAAAGGCUUUCACAAGGUAAUGGAAGGAAUCCACAAAGCCACUGAGCUUGGCUACCGUCCUGUUAAGGUAAACUGUGUGGUGAUGAGAGGCUUCAAUGAGGAUGAACUGCUGGGCUUUGUGGAUUUCACAAAGGAUCUGCCCCUUGAUGUGCGGUUCAUAGAAUACAUGCCCUUUGAUGGCAAUAAAUGGAACUUCAAGAAGAUGGUGAGCUACAAAGAAAUGCUUGAUACAAUUAAACAGCGAUGGCCUGAAUUGGAGAAAUUGCCCUGUGAAACUUCCAGCACAGCCAAGAGUUAUAAGGUGCCACAUUUCCAGGGACAAAUCAGCUUUAUCACCUCUAUGUCGGAGCACUUCUGUGGAUCCUGCAAUCGGCUGAGGAUAACAGCAGAUGGGAACCUAAAGGUGUGCCUUUUUGGGAAUUCAGAAGUGUCCUUGAGAGAUCACCUACGGUCGGGUGCCUCAGAGGAAGAGUUGGUUCAAAUAAUUGGAGCAGCUGUGGGCAGAAAAAAGAAACAGCAUGCUGGCAUGUUUAACAUUUCCCAGAUGAAAAACCGGCCAAUGAUCCUGAUUGAGCCUGCAUUGAUGUCACUCCCACUCUGUCAAGAUGCCCUACAGAACCCCCCAAAUUCAAAACAGUACAGCCACACACUUAGCCAUUGGCUGACUUUGAGAACAAGUUUACCCAAACAAAUGGGAAAAGCAUUAAUGAAAAAUAAGCUUACAGGACAACUUUUCCUGCCAGGAUCUCACCCAGAGCAACAGUGGCACACAACAGGAAUUCUACAAACCCAGCUCCGAGGCUGCUGUGUCUUCCAGAAGGACCCAAGCUCCACAUUUGACACAAAGUGCCUUGAGGCUUCUCCUGUUGGCCGGAUUUCUGUGGACAGUCAUUCCAAAGAGGCAAGUCCAGAAUCUGAAUUCCGCACCAGAGAUUUGGGAUCUUGCACCAAGGUACCUCGUGCUUCUGACAACUUGACUCACACUGAUGACGAAGGACGGGCCACAAUGGUUGACGUUGGAGGGAAGCCAGAUUCAAGAAGAAGUGCUGUAGCUGGUGCUGUGGUCCGCCUGGGUGAGAAGGCAUUUGGGAUGGUGAGGCAGAACCAGGUGAAGAAAGGGGAUGUGCUGGCAGUCGCCCAGAUUGCAGGAAUUCAGGGAGCCAAGCUGACCAGCCAGUUGAUCCCAUUGUGUCACAACAUCCCCCUCAACCAUGUUGAGGUGUCUCUGAGCCUGGAUGAGGCCAGAUACGCAGUGGUGAUUCGCAGCUCCUGCCAGACCUGGGGGAGGACAGGUGUGGAGAUGGAAGCCCUCAUGGCUGCCAGCCUGGCUGCCCUGACUGUGUACGACAUGUGCAAAGCAGUUACUCAUGACAUUGUGAUUGAAGAGGUCAAGUUGCUUAGUAAGACAGGUGGGCAGAGGGGAGACUUCUCAAGGGCCUAGAUCAUAUCCAGACACCUCCAGGUGACCACUGCUCAUCUUCAGGCUCUUACAGUACUACUUUUGCUCAACUGGUAGGCUUGGAGGCCUCAGCAGGUAUAUCAUCCAACAACCCUACGACUCCAGUUUUGCCUUACCCUGUCAGCUUAUUGCUGCGUGAACAGUGAAGCCACUUAUCCCUGUUGAUAACCAUACAUGUUUUUUAGAGGACAGACUUCACCACUGUGCCAAUACUUUCAUUUCAGUGUUCUCACCAUGAGCUUGAGGAAAGAUUCUCAGUUAUACCACAGAGGUGUUUUGGGCUUUUUUUUUUUUCCUUUUUGCUGUGAAAUAUUCACAGCUGCUGUCAUCACACCAUGCAACCGUGAGCUCUGGAUAUGAAACAAGUGCUGAAAGUGCUGGUUUUUGGCAACUACUUUUAAGUCAAGGAUUAAGAUUUCAGAAUUGUGUGUGUCUGUCCUGCUGACCUCCUUAGCUGAACUUAGAAGGUAACAGUGUGAAUAGCAGAAGUCAGGAACCUUCCCAUACAGCAGAGAUAAAAACUGUGGGGCAGCUCCUGUCCCUUUGCAUUGCUACUGCUACUUCCCCUGCAAAUGGGAAAUGCCCAUUUACCAGUUUCAAAAGAACAGAAAGAUGGCAGCUGCCCAGUUCUCUGCCUUGAGUAAAAUAUAAACAGAGGAUUUCUGGGUUUGGAAGAAUUACUUUUCUGAUUUUGGAAGAAUUACUUUUCUGAUCUGAAAUAUAUCUUUUACUAUGUUAGAAGCAUGUUACAGCAUUUUGACCUUAGCACUCAAAGACAUUGAGGCCCUGCAUCUGCAUGCUUAAGGGCUUAAUUAUGCCAUGCACAGAAGUAGGUGUCAGCUCUCCCUGACUUUAGAAAUCAAUGUCACACACCAAGCCCCAGAAGACCUCCAGUUUUUUAAUCCUACAGUGCAGCUCCUAGUAACCAGCAACCUGCAUAGUCCUGACAGAUAAAACAAACUUUAAGACGAGUAGCCAUUUGGAAGAGUAAGGUAGUUGCUGUUGCCUCAGCCAGAGUGUUUUCCUGCAUGUUUCUCUAAUUGUCUUUCAUGAAGUCUUCUGGCCUCAGAGCACUUAAGUGUCACCAUAAAUGUACCAGUGGCCACUGUCAUGUAGCAUUAAAUAGCUUUGAUAAUUGACUAUCCUAUACAAGAAAUUACCCAACAUUGUUGUUAAUACUGAUGGAUCCUUUUCAAAUGUUAAUUUAAAGCUCUGAACAGGGUGUUUUCAACUUUGGUUUACUUGUUUUCUAAUACUUAUGGCUAAUGUGAAGUUGCAUAUGAUUCAGGGUGCUCCCUCUCCAUACGCACAGAGUUGAAGGCAGCUCUAAUAACGUCAAAGAGGCUACCUAAAAAGCAUCUUAAACUCUGCAAGUAUCUGCUUCUCACGAAAUAAGGUUAAAUUACUGUGAGCAUCAGUAAAGCACACACCAGUCACGCACAUCCUGCUCACCUAAAGUAAGCAGAGGUCCAAGAUGAGGAGGCAAUAGGUUUUACUACAAAUCCUUUGUAAAUCUCAUAUACUAGCUACCAUAGAAGGCACUUUUUCUCUUGCAAGUGAAUAAAUUUGAUUCUUUAUUCACUGUCACUGAGACACACAGAGCAACUACAGCAGAAAGGGGAAGGAGUCUGGAAAGCCUGGUACCUCAACUCCAUAAACAUUUGUAUACCUACAUUCAGUGUUACAGUCCUGAUUUCCCGGAUAUCACUGAUCUGUCUGUAAGUUAAUCAUAGGGGCAACUCCUGCUCCUUCCCGGGAGUGACCCUCGCACUGCCGUACUGAGCACCAGCCACCCCCCUGACCCUGCAACUGUGUUCAUCUGUGGAACUGCUGUGCCCAAAGCGCAAAAGCUUCCCUACCUCCAUCUGGAAACAAAGUGCCAGGAAAAAGAAAGGCACGUGUAACCUGCUUGGUUAACUUAUUUACAGAAGCACUUAAACCCCCCUAACAUGCACAACACAUCCUGCCCUCCCUGCCUUCACCCAGUCUCUAGCUAGUUUUGAGGAUGAAAAGGAAACUAGAGCUGCUCAGCAGUAAUAAAAUGAUGCUUUGAGGCAUAUGAUUCUUCGGCUUCUGAGAAGUUUGCUGUCAUGCUGUAAAGCUCACUCAGAGGACUUGAGACCGUACAAGGGACAGCAGAGCACACACUACUGCCACGCACAUUUUACUCCUUACGCACAUUUCACUGCUUUCUUGGGUUGAGAGUGGCUGGAAUCUUUGGGCAAACAGACUUUGGUGCCAUUUUAUGCUCAUAUUACAUUAUCAAAUCUUGAAACUAUGCACAUUUAUAGAUAAUGAACCAAGCACGAGUCAACAGAACAUUUUGUGAGAGAAAUGAGCUGACAGCACUGUAUGUUUCAGUGGUGCUGGGUGGGCAAUGGUGUAAUAUAUGUUGAUGACGUGACUACUUUUUGGAGGCUUGCUUUUUUUUGUCCACUGCAUUUUUAAUAAAUACUAGUUGUAAUGGAA